CAGUCCCUCAUCCGAGGAUUCCGCCAAUAAAACGAAAAAGACACGAACGAAAAAUGAGGCAGAGGAAGUAACAGUCGAAAAGCCAGAGGUUAAAGGACAAAGUAAACAAACCACACAGUAUGACGAGAAAAAGGGUAAGAGCAAAAAGAAACCUCAAGCUAAUGAGUCUUUAAGAGAAGAGGAUAAUAAAGACACAAAGUUUAAAAAGAAAAAGAGUAGCGUCCGUGAUUCUGGUUUGGGGGAAAUGCCUGUUGACCCCAUCCCAAAAAAACAUCUCAAGUACGGUUAUUUUGACCAGGAGUCAGAAGGCGAUGGUAGGGGAUCAAACAAUCGUCGCCGUUCGGCUCAAGCUGAUGAUGACGAUGAUAAUCUGCCUGCUCUGGUAAACGACUGUUCAACUUGUCGCGAUUACUUGCACAUUUUAAAGUUUCUAUGA